AUGGCCAUUGCCAUGGCCUCGACCUCCUCCCCUGUAGCGGCCCUAAAGCACCCCCAUUUUCUAGACUCCAAGGCCCUGAAGUCUCUCAAGCGCGCGAGAACCCGCUCAUGCGCCCUCGCCGACGCUGACGCCGCCGCGGCCGCCCCCCGCACGUUCCAAGCGGAGCUCCGGCCGGACUCGAAAAACGCGCCCGCGCUCUCCGCUGAGAUCCGCCGUCUCGUUCGUGCAGGCCGCCUUCGCUCUGCGCUCUGCCUCCUCGACCAUUUAUCCCACCGCGGCGUCCCGGCGAGCCCCUCAGCCUUCACUGCUCUCCUCUCCGCAUGCCGCUCCCUCGCCCACGCCCGUCAGAUCCACGCCCACCUCCGUGUCCACGGCCUUGACUCCAAUGAGUUUCUCCUAGCCAGGCUCGUCGAGGUUUAUCUUGCGGUCGGUGCUGCUGAGGAGGCCCGCCAGGUGCUCGGCGGUUUGCCCAGGGCCAGUGCCUUCUCGUGGAAUGCUUUGCUCCACGGGCACGUUCGCAGGGGCCGGAGAGAGGCAGGGGAUGCUGUCGCUGGCGGGUUUGUGGAGAUGCGUGCUGCUGGGGCUAAUGCCAACGAGUACACGUACGGCUGUGUCCUCAAGUCCAUCUCUGGGAGUGCCAGGCCAUCCAUGGUCAUGGCCACCGCCACACACGCCAUGCUGGUCAAGAACGCAUUUGCAGGUGCGCCGGGCAUGCUGAUGACUGGCCUCAUGGAUGUCUACUUCAGGUGCGGGAAGGUGAAGCUGGCGAUGAUGGUGUUUGAGGAAAUGCCAGAGAGGGAUGUCGUUGCAUGGGGGGCAGUGAUUUCUGGGUUCGCACACAAGGGGUUGAAGAGGGAGGCACUGGAGCAUUUCCGGUGGAUGGUGGAAAACGGAGUCAAGGUGAACUCGGUGGUGCUCACCUCAAUCGUGCCAGUUAUUGGUGAUAUACGUGCACGGAACUUAGGGAGGGAGAUUCAUGGGUUGGUGCUGAAGAAGUUUCCAGACCGUAAAGAUGUAGCAAAGGUCCACGCAGGGCUGGUAGACAUGUACUGCAAAUGCGGCGAUAUGGUCUCUGGGAGGCGAGUGUUCUAUAGCACCAAGAAGAGGAAUGCUGUCUCAUGGACAGCAUUAAUGUCUGGGUAUGCAUCCAAUGGGAGGCCAGAUCAGGCGCUGAGGUGCAUAGUUUGGAUGCAGCAAGAAGGAAUCCGACCAGAUCUCGUUGCGGUUGGUACUGUUCUCCCAGUAUGCACAAAAUUGCGAGCAUUGAGCGAGGGGAAGGAAAUCCAUGCAUAUGCUUUGAGGAGGUGGUUCCUGCCAAAUGUCUCAUUAUGCACUUCGCUCAUCACCCUGUACGGUACAUGCUGUCAUUUAGAAUACUCUCGCAGGGUGUUUCAUGCUAUGGAUAAGAAAACUGUACGAGCUUGGACUGCAUUGGUUGAUGCCUACCUAAAGAACAGAGACUCUUCAACUGCUAUUGAAGUGUUCAGAUCAAUGCUGCUGUCGAACCGUCGGCCUGAUGCUGUUGCCAUCACCAGGAUACUGAGUGCCUGCUCUGAUAUUGGAGCAUUACAACUUGGCAAGGAAGUUCAUGGUCAGGUGUUGAAGUUGCGGAUGGAACCUCUCCCGUUAGUUGCCGCAGAACUUGUUAACAUGUAUGGCAGGUGUGGGGACCUGAAGGCAGCACAGAGGGUGUUCAAUCGAACAGACUCCAAGGGAUCCUUGACGUGCACUGCAAUAAUAGAAGCUUAUGCAAUCAACCAGCGGCACAAGGAGGCACUGGAUCUCUUUUCAUGGAUGCUGUCAAAUAACUUUGCCCCAACUAUUGUCACCUUCAAUGUGGUUCUGAGAAUCUGUGAUGCAGCAGGAUUGCAUGAUGAAGCUCUCGAGAUUUUCGACUCCAUGGUACAAGGGUACAACCUGGAAGCAUCUGAAGAGAAUUAUGACUGCAUCAUCAGCCUUCUUACUAGUGCUGGCAGGACUGCCGAAGCACAGCGUUUUGCUGAUUUGAAAGCUGCACUGUUUAGUUCACCUGCUCCUUUUUUGGAUUUUGAACAGCAGGAAAAACAGAUUGAUACCAGGUUCUUGGUUCUUGUUAUUGGCAUGUGCCUUUACACCAAGCUGAAGUUUUCAGUGUUCAGCUGCCUUCCAAAGAUAUUGGCUAGAAAGACUGCAAAGAUUGGUCUCGAUCUGAUUCACUUGUUCAAGAAGGCAUCACAUGUGCUUAUGGGCUGCCUUUGCUCCAAAGGCGCCAAAGAUCAUGCUGAUGCCACUUCCGAAAACAGAGAACCAUCAAGUAAAGAUGACCCUAAGACUGCAUCAGGUACGAAUGAUGGCAGCAAAGUCAUGCCAUAUGCUGGAGAGAAGGUGGUGGUAGCUUUUGAUGCUAGGAUUGGACAAGGAACUUACAGUAUUGUGUAUAAAGCCCGAGAUCUUGAAACAGGGAAGAUUGUUGCACUAAAGAAGGUGCGGUUCGUCAACAUGGAUCCUGAAAGUGUUCGCUUUAUGGCUAGAGAAAUCCAUAUUCUUCGGAGACUGGAUCAUCCAAAUAUCAUAAAGCUUGAAGGAAUUGUAACAUCUCGUGUGUCGCAGAGCCUGUAUCUGGUUUUUGAAUACAUGGAACAUGACCUUUCCGGUCUUAUUGCAAGUCCAGGCCUCAAACUCACCGAGUCACAGGUGAUAAAGUGCUUCGUUCAGCAGCUGCUUCAUGGCCUUGAUCAUUGUCACAAAAAUGGAGUUCUGCAUCGAGACAUCAAAGGAUCGAACCUCUUGAUUGACAGCAAUGGAGUACUGAAGAUUGCAGACUUUGGCCUGGCAACAUCUUUCGACCCUGACAAUCCACAACCACUAACUAGCCGUGUUGUGACAUUGUGGUACAGACCACCAGAGCUUUUACUUGGUUCCACAGAGUAUGGUGUCGCUGUGGAUAUGUGGAGUACAGGGUGUAUUGUGGCAGAACUCUUUGCUGGCAAACCAAUCAUGCCAGGAAGAACCGAGGUGGAGCAAAUUCACAAGAUCUUUAAGCUCUGUGGGUCGCCGAUGGAUGACUAUUGCAAGAAAUCAAAGGUGCCAGAAACAGCGAUGUUCAAGCCUCAGCAGCAAUAUAGGCGGUGUGUUGCUGAGACUUUCAAAGAUUUUCCUCCUUCCACUGUAGUUCUCAUAGACUCCUUGCUUUCAUUAGAACCAGAAGUUCGUGGAACAGCUUCCUCAGCUCUUCAGAGUGAUUUUUUUAAAACAAAGCCACUUGCUUGUGACCCUUCAAGUCUACCGAAACUUCCAGCAAGCAAGGAGUAUGAUGUUAGACUCAGGCAAGAGGAAGAGAGGAGGCAAAGAAAGGCAGCUCUUGGUGGACGAGGAGCUGAAUGUUCCAAACCAGGAAAUGAAAAUCAUGUAACCAGUCCUGCUGUCAAUGGUGCUGCUGAAUCGAAGGAACACGCGCAUGCCAGUUCAAAGAGCAACAGCGUGAAGUUCUACCCCGAGGAUAGCGUGCCCGGUUUCCGGGUGGAGCCACGCCCGUUGCCAACCACGGUGCAGGUUCCUGGAUUUGGCUCUACAUGGAACAUGGGAGGUUACACAGAUCAUCCAACGACGCCUGGUUGUGCCUGCAGUUCUGUUCAUGUCGCAAAUUCCUCUACCUCGAGGACAAAGGCAUCAUCGCAUUCACAUAUACCACAGUUUUGCACGACAGAUCUGAGGAAUGCAGUUGAGGUUACAUAUCAGAAUCAGCCACCUGAUAGGCCUGCAUCAUCUCACAACAAGAACCCCCUAGAGGUGCAGGACGCUAUGAUCAGUGUGCUACUGCUAAGGGAAGUAUUGAGGAUUUAUAUUCUUUCAUCUCACAUGGCUCGUACCAUUGCCUUUCUGUGGUCAGAACCAUGGAAGGAAGCUCAGGAGGAUCCACCACUCGGGGCCAUUGGUGCCGCUGGGAGGGAAUAUCGAGGACAUGCUCAAGGAGCACGAGAGGCACAUCCAAGAGGCGGUGCGCAAGGCACGGCUCGGCAAGACGAGCAGGUAGCGAGCAGCUGA